GUCCGUAUGAAUUAUGAACCCUGAGUUGGAGCAAAGGCAACCCCCUUUUCCCGUUUCCCUAAUCUUUCUUCUAUAAAAACCCACAUCCCCCCUUCAUUCCUUUACACAUUUACACCCAUACUCCCUUAACCAACAACAAACAUCUCCUCUGCAUCAUCAAAAUCUUCUCUUCUUCCCCAUUUUCCCUCUCCUAAAAAAAUAGCCAAGCAACCAUGCCUGAGGCUCCAAAAGAAACACAUGAUCAUCCAAAAAAUGGAAUGGAAAUGGAAUUGUACAACAUCGAAAAGAACAAGAAAUCCCUUGAGUUCAUUGAGGAAGUAACCGAAAAUGCUGAUCAACUCCAAAAGAGAGUCCUCUCUGAAAUCCUAACUCAAAACUCGAACGUCGAGUACCUUCAAAGGCAUGGCCUUAAUGGUGCUACUGAUAGGGAUACCUUUAAGAAAAUAAUCCCUGUUAUCAAAUAUGAAGACAUACAGUCUGAUAUUACUCGCAUCGCCAACGGCGAUAAAUCCCCAAUCCUCUCCUCCCACCCCAUCUCCGAGUUCCUUACCAGUUCUGGAACAUCUGGAGGAGAGAGAAAAUUGAUGCCAACAAUUGAAGAGGAGUUGGAUAGGAGGUGCAUGUUAUACAGCUUAUUAAUGCCAGUAAUGAGCCAAUUUGUCCCUGGCUUAGACAAAGGCAAAGGGAUGUAUUUUUUGUUCAUAAAAUCUGAGUCUAAGACCCCAGGUGGGCUAUUGGCUCGACCCGUUUUAACCAGCUACUACAAAAGCUCACAUUUCAAAAACAGACCCUUUGACUCCUACACAAAUUAUACAAGCCCCAAUGAAGCAAUCCUCUGUUCUGAUUCUUACCAAUCCAUGUAUGCCCAACUCCUUUGUGGGCUUUUCCAACACAAAGAAGUUCUUCGGGUCGGGGCAGUUUUUGCCUCGGGCUUUAUCCGGGCAAUAAAAUUCCUUGAAAAGCAUUGGGCCGUAUUAGCCCAUGACAUCCGGGUCGGAUCUCUGAACUCAGAAAUCAGCGACCAUACAAUCCGGGACGCUGUGAUGCGGAUCUUAAAACCCGACCUUAGGCUGGCAGAGUUUAUCGAGUUGGAGUGUAGCAAGGAGUCGUGGCAAGGGAUCAUCACUAGGCUGUGGCCUAACACAAAAUAUGUUGAUGUUAUUGUGACAGGGACCAUGGCACAAUAUAUUCCUACCCUUGAUUAUUAUAGCAAUGGUUUACCCCUUGUUUGCACUAUGUAUGCCUCCUCCGAAUGUUACUUUGGUGUUAAUCUUAACCCACUCUGCAAGCCAAAUGAAGUUUCCUACACACUUAUUCCUACCAUGGGCUACUUUGAGUUUUUACCAGUCCAGCGCAAUCUUAACGGUGUUACCAAUUCCAUCUCCAUGCCCAAAUCUCUUACCGAGAAGGAGCAACAACACCUCGUCGAGCUCACUGAUGUCAAGCUCGGCCAUGAGUAUGAGCUUGUCAUUACCACUUAUGCCGGUUUGUACAGAUACAGAGUAGGCGACGUACUUAGGGUGGCCGGUUUCAAGAACAAAGCACCACAAUUCAACUUCGUGUGUCGGAAGAACGUGGUUCUAAGCAUAGAUUCCGACAAGACGGACGAGGUUGAGCUCCAAAACGCAGUGAAGAAUGCAGUAACCCAUCUACAGCCGUUUGACGCCACUCUGCUAGAGUACACUAGCUACGCUGAACUUGCGACCAUACCAGGCCACUAUGUGCUAUUCUGGGAGCUGAGCCGCAAUGGCUCAACCAAGGUACCCUCAUCAGUUUUUGAGGACUGCUGUUUAGAAGUAGAGGAGUCGUUAAACAGCGUGUAUAGGCAAGGCCGGGUUUCGGACAAGUCAAUUGGACCCUUAGAGAUUAAGGUAGUGGAGAAUGGUACGUUCGAUAAGCUUAUGGAUUAUGCCAUAAGUUUAGGGGCGUCUAUUAAUCAGUACAAAACUCCUAGGUGUGUCAAAUUUGCACCCAUUGUCGAGUUGUUAAACUCAAGAGUGGUGUCCACCUUCCGUAGUCCUAAAUGUCCCAAAUGGGUUCCUGGUCACAAGCAAUGGUGCAAUUCUAAUGAGGAAAGAUGAACAUGUUAUUUCACUUGUGUUCUUCCUUCAUGCUGGAUAAUUAAUUAAGGAGAACAAAUAUCAGCUGUUUUUGGGAUCAUUUUGGCUAGGGGUGGAAACUGGAAACUGGAAACUGGAAACUGGCCCAUUUUAGAUCAAAGUAUUAUUAAGUCUAAUUUUAGUUUUUUAUGUAUGAAUUAUUGUAGCACUUGUUAAUGAGCAAUGCGUAGGGAAUCUAAAAUUUUAGUCUUCCUUUUGUAUAAAAUUAAUCAAUUCCUUCUUUUCAAGGAAGAAACUCUUUCUUAA